AGCCAUCAUCCCCCCAUGUGCAAUGCCGCUGUCUCCAUGGCAGCUGCCCCCGCUCUCCUGGGGACGCCUGGUAACGAGUCGCCUGUUUAUUUUCUUCAGGUUCUGCUGGUUGGGGCAGACGGCUUCACGCUGCUCGGCAGGCCACUCCUUGGAAAGGACCUUGUCCGAGUGGAAGCCACGGUCAUUGAAAAGACAGAGUCGUGGCCAAAAAUCAACAUGAAGUUUAGGAAAAGGAAAAACUUCAAGAAGAAGAAAAUCACCGUGAGCCCGCAGACCGUGCUCCGGAUAAACACCGUGGAGGUCGCGCCGUGCCUGCUGUGAUGGCUGAGCCGAUGGCCGCUGGCCGCGGCAGGGUGACAAUAAACCUGUUGGGCAAGAA